AUGCAGCAGUCUCCAGGGGUCCUGCCGCCUGCUUCACAUGCGGCAAUUGUGACAGAUGCGGCAGGAGAAUGUGAAGUAGAGCGGGACAAUGCGGAUGGGUUACUUGACAAUUAUUCAACCGACUCACAUCUGAAUGACAGUGAGGCCUUUUUGAGAGAAUUCGAGGAAUUUGAGAAGAGCAUGCACAUGAUGGAAACCUUUGCUGUACAGCCAUCGAUGGAAGACAUGACAGUUCUUAAGAGAAUAAGAGCAUCUACACCACAUUCGGCCGUCUGCAACGAAGAGGAAGCUACAAAGGCCGUUCUACCGUAUAAGAAUAAAUUUUGGAUUGGUUGCGGAACGGACACACUGAAGGUCUUCAGUAAUCCGAAGGAUCGGCGCAUAGAGUCAAUCGCGCGUACCAGUGGAUGCCGCAUAACGCUGAGAGAAAACAGGCGGAAAAACAAACUGGGCCAAUUGCAACAACUAGUGGUUGUUGAAUCCGCAUCAGAGACGGGGUUGAGGAAGUGCACGAAUUUGUUGGAUGAAAAAUUUCCUGCUUUCAGGGCCAGCUCGGGUCGCAUGAACUGUAAGUGGGACUUCCGGUAA